ACUCUGGUGAUUGUCCUCGAGAUAAAAAAUGGCGAUAUUUUUUCUUUUUAGUACGGAUGGGAAAAAAACUGUCAUCUGAAACCACUUUUGAUCUAUUACGCGCCACACCUUGACAAUUUGGUGUUUUUUUGUUGUUUUAUAAAUAAAUUUAAUAAUUAGUCAGAUUUUUAAAUACAAUGGCAUCAGUUACGGAAACUCUUACGCUGAAAAAUGAUGUAGAUCGUGCAAUAGAAUUAUUGGAUAAACUUCAAAAAAGUGGUGAAGUGCCAAGUACAAAAUUAGCAGCUUUACAAAAAGUAUUGCAGAGUGAUUUUCUAAAUGCUGUGAGAGAGGUUUAUGAGCAUGUUUAUGAAACUGUUGAUAUUCAGGGAUCGCAAGAUGUAAGGGCAUCAGCCACUGCAAAAGCGACGGUAGCAGCGUUUGCAGCAAGUGAAGGACAUGCACACCCACGUGUUGUAGAAUUACCAAAGACUGAAGAAGGUCUUGGUUUCAAUGUUAUGGGCGGUAAAGAACAAAAUUCACCAAUUUAUAUAUCAAGAAUUAUUCCUGGAGGUGUUGCUGACAGACAUGGUGGAUUAAAACGUGGGGAUCAAUUACUUUCUGUCAAUGGUGUUUGCGUUGAAGGUGAAAAUCACGAAAAAGCUGUUGAAUUACUAAAACAAGCUCAAAAUUCAGUUAAACUAGUAGUUCGUUAUACACCGCGAGUUUUAGAAGAAAUGGAAUUGAGAUUUGAUAAACAGCGAGCUGCUCGCAGUAGGCGUCAACAUGUGCAAUAAAUAUUAUUUUUAAAUUAUCUUUUAUCUCUAUUCUUCAUCUAUAUAUAUAUAUAAUUCAUUUUUAUUAAUUUUAUUAUAUAUAUCUGCAUUUAUUAUUACACAUUUUUCCAUUUCAUUCGCACUAUUUAUUAUUUAGAAUAUAAUAUAUUAAAAAAAAAAUAUUAAUAGUGUUAUUAAUAUCAAUGUAUUAUGUGUGAUCAAAAUAAAUAUUA